GGGGAUCAUGUAUGUACAGCUCUCUCUCUCUCUCUCUCCACUUCUUUCCUCCUUUCUUCUUCUCUGCAUGUGACGCUCUAUCCAAAAUCCUCCUUCUCAGAACCACAAAAAACACCCUCCAACUCACUUUUCAGUAACGCCCAACAGGCCCCACCACCCCCCCAAAACCCUUUUCUUGGUGUAUAUAUAAUCACUUCCCAGUUCCUCUCCAUCCUAACUUCAUAUGAAUCUCUAAGAUGCAAACCCAAUCUUUCAAGCUUCUCCUCUGGACUUUUCUCACCUUUGCAUCCCUCCACCAGGGGAAGGGAGCAAAGUGCAGUGCUGAUGGGCCAACAGUGAACCAGACUCAGGUGGGGUUUGGCAACCCUCCCAAAUUCAUGGUGGAAGUCCACAACAACUGUGCUAUGUGCCCAGUUAUUGAUGUUCAUAUCAAAUGUGGAAACUUUUCCCAGGCUCUGGUCAGUCCGAGGCUGUUCAAGGUUUUAGGCCACGACAAUUGUGUCGUCAAUGCUGGGUUACCAUUGCCACCCUUGCAAAAAUUCUCCUUCAACUAUUCCCAUCAGAAGUAUCCCAUGUCCCCAUCAAUCUGGUACUUCCAGUGUGAAUAGAACUAGAACCAGCUACCACUGCCCACCUUUCCUACAGCAGUGUAUAUUUUCUCAUCCUAUCUUCCCUUUUAUCUUUUCGUAUUUGUAUCAAGUCCUGAGUUUCUCAAUUUGAAAGAUAACUAUCGCAUGGAAACA